AUGGCCGCCCGCGAAGCCAGAUUCAACCAGCAGGUGCUGGUCGACACCACCCCGCUGCCCGACCACAUCCCCAAGGUCAAGGAGAUCGGUGCCAGUUCCGCCCCGCUUCUGUCGGCCUCCUUCUUCAUCGGCGCCCGCUGCAAGCCCUACAAUGACGACUACAUGAUGUGCAAGACCGAGGCCCACGGCACCGGCGAGCUCGACUGCAUGAAGGAGGGCCGGAAGGUGACCAGAUGCGCCACCAGCGUGCUGGACGACAUCAACAAGCACUGCCUCAACGAGUUCCGCUACCACUGGCAGUGCCUCGAGGACAACAACCAGCAGCUUUGGCAAUGCCGCAAGCCCGAGCGCUCGCUAAACAAGUGUGUCUUCGACAACUUGAAGCUGGAGAAGACGAUUCCUGACACGCCCAAGGGCGAGACGCCAGUCCACCUGCGCAAGAAGCAGAUCUACGGACACAGUGCAUCGCUUAUGUAA